AUGCCUGAAGCCGUGUUCCGCUCAGAGUCGACAGCCCGUUGCUCCUCUGUGGAGCGGGCUGACAGCAGGCCAGCCAGAGAAAGGCUACUGGCCUCUCUUGGUGACCAUGUGCUGGUAGUCGGGGACUGUGUCUGCCUCGUCAUUCUCAUCUGGGAACUGGUCACCAUCCCCAAAUCACCUUGGUUUGGGAUGCCUCCAGCACACUUCCUGGGCCCCAACUCCUUGGAAGCCAAGAGAAGUGAUAGUGAGGCAGUGCUCCCAACUUCGGUCCUGCAGGACAGCCUGCCCCAGCACCCGGCUGUGUCUGCACUUGCACACCUGCAGCCUCUUGGAGCUGGGCUGGACAGGAUGGGCCACAUCCCUUCCCCGUUUGCUGGUACCCGCUUGGUGCAGAACCUCCUACUGUGCUGCUGUGACCUCACCCCCGUGUCCGGCACAACUGGAGGCUACUACUCUGGGUUGGAUAGUCCUGGAGUCGUUCUGGGAGUGCUUGAAAGCUCCCUGAGCUUCUGGGGUGCAGAGCUAAAGAGCUGCACAGAGCUGAGGCUCCCAGAGCUGGGGCAAGGGUGCCCUGCCUAUGUCACCUGUGCUGUGCAGGGUAGGGGAGUCCAUUUGGUUGUGCAGGACAGGCUCUGGCUCAUACCCUUCUCUGAUCCUUUUCAGCAAAUUGUGGCCACAAAUGUGCCUCCUGAAGACCAGGAUGGCUCCGGGGAUGACUCUGACAACUUCUCCGGCUCAGGCGCAGGUACUUUGCAAGACAUCACCAUGUCCCAGCAGACACCCCCCACCUGGAAGGACACAUGGCUCCUGUCGGUGAUGCCCACAGCUCCAGAGCCCAGUGGCAGGGAAGCCACCGCCGUCUCCACCCCCGUCCUGCCGGCUGGAGAGAGGCAGGAGGAGGGAGAGGUGGCUGUGGUGGCGGAGGCCAGGCCUGACAGCACUGCCCGGGAGAAGGAGGUGAACCCCGAGCCCAGGGAGCCCACACAGCUCCCCACCACCAAGAGGGCCUCAAUGGCUGGAGCCACCACGGCCCAGGUGGCUGCCACCUCCCAUCCCUCCAGGGACAUGUACCCUGGCCAAGCCGAGACCACAGCUCCCGCAGUAACUGGCCAGCCUGACGGUCACACGUCUGGCGUGGAGGACGCAGGUCCUUCUGCCACUGAGAGUACUACCGAGGAUGGACCCGCCCAUCAACCGUCAGCAGGAGAGGGUUCCGGGGAGCAGGACUUCACCUUUGACAUACCCGGAGAGAACGUGGCUGUGGCUGCAGUGGAGCCUGACAACCGGAGCGAAUCCCCCGUGGAUCAGGGGGCCUCACAAGGCCUCCUGGACAGGAAGGAGGUGCUGGGAGGGGUCAUUGCCGGAGGCCUCGUGGGACUCCUCUUCGCUGUGUUCCUGGUGGGUUUCAUGCUGUACCGGAUGAAGAAGAAGGAUGAGGGCAGCUACUCCUUGGAAGAGCCCAAGCAAGCCAAUGGUGGUGCCUACCAGAAGCCUACCAAGCAGGAGGAGUUCUACGCCUGAGGACCGGCGACUCUCCCCCGCCCCUGCCACUCACUAGGCCCCCACUUGCCUCUUCACGAAGAACUGCAGGCCCUGGCCUCUCUGCCUCCAUGCCACCUCGCUGGCACCAGGCCUUCUGGAUGCUCCUGCCCGGGGUGUGCUAGGAGCUCACUCUGCUUCUCUAAUCUCCACCUGGAGGUUUGGGUGCAAGGGUUUCUCGCCUGUGACCUUUCCACAGCUAUACCUGGCAUGUCACCAUUCUGACUCAGCUUCUCCAAAUUGGAGCAGCCCCACCCAGACCCAGCCAUGGUGAAAAAGGGGACCCCACUGCUUUGGACCUGGAUGGCCUGCUGUGGCUGAGGAUCCUGGGGAGGGUGACUCGGCUGACCCCGUAGCACUUACUGUACAGACAGCAGGCUGGGGCUAGGGCCGCUGUGGCGGAGAGGGGUUCACUUUUUGCUAGGGCCGCCGUGGCGGAGAGGGGUUCACGCUCCAUCAGAAUUCACUAGGGGAGGUCUCACCUAGAUACCAACUUGUUUUUGCACAUGUUUCUGCUAGUUUCUCUAUUCGUAGGCCCAGUAGACUUCAUUACUCCCCAGGUAAGUUAAGCCGGUUAAUUUGGUGUCCCCCACAUUGCUACUCUAAUCUACGUUCAGGAGAGAGCAUCAGGGUUAAGAAGACAGUUUAUGUUUUUGUUUUAAUGAGGAGAACCAAGUCUGAAAGCCAAGCACAGGGUUAUUGUGUGUGUUGUCUCUGAGUUCAUUGCUCAUAUAUACAGCAGGGUAUGGACAAUCUGUUUGGUGGCCCCGUUGCUGCUGGCCUGUUGGUGGGCUGGCUGGUCCGGGCACUGGGGGGCAGCCACCUCUUGAGCAGUCCUGCCUGUGUUCCUUGGACUCAGGGCUACAGUGUGGCCCAGGUCACUGUGACGUUGGAGGAGCUGAUGAGUGAAUCUAACCCUGGCCCUCAGGCUAGGCUAGAGGAGAGAGGACUGGGGUGGGUGGAGGGUGGCAGCAAUGCCAGGUGCUGCCCUGCUUUUGGCAUCGUCUCUAGGGACACUUUCUCCUGGAAGCUGACAAGAGGUGUCAGGCACAACUGCCACUGGCUCCUCCAUCAAGAAUCAAGUUCUCCUUUGGCUCCUGCAGCUGCUGCCUGGGCUGGAGUCAGGAAUGUUUCCCAAAGAGUGAUAGUCUUUUGCUUUUAGCAAAACUCUACUUAAUCCAAUGGGUUUUUCCCUGUACAGUAGAUUUUCCAAAUGUAAUAAACUUUAAUAUAAAGGAGUCCUGUGAACUCUGCUGCCUUGCUCCUUCUCUGGGCUGCGGUGUGGACGUGUCCAGCCUUUUUCUGAACACUGGUAUCUUGGGAAAGGUUGGCUAGAGGUUUUGUGCCUUUGCUUCUCUGGAGGGGGUGGAUUCUGGGUCCAGAGUCCCUCUGGUUGAUCUGAUUUUGUUUUGUCUUGUCUAACAUUUUUCUGGAGUCACGUCCAGGCUUUGUAAGGCCUGUCUGAGGCCAGGCUAUCCAAGUGGGACUCUGCAGGCAGCCUGAGUGGAGGCUGCGGCCCAGUGGGUGUGCAGCUAGAGCUGUGGACAGCCCCCCUCCCACGCCUUCGCGGACCAGAGGCCCUCCCUUGGGCCCUGCGACUUCCUGUCCUCGCUUAUUUAACUCGACAGUGUUCUGGCUGCUCCUAGAGGUGAGCUGUCUGAGGCUCAGAGACCACCGCCAAACUGAGGGAUGCGGCACCCUGCACUUGGUCCUGGACUCUGCUGGAGCGUUUGACUGCGCGUGACCUGGGGGGUAGCCCUUUGCCAGUGUGGGAUGCUGCCUGAGCCCGGGCUGGGCCCAUCCAUGUGACUGCAAUAAACGGUACUUGUCCUUGUGGACAGCAGA